CAUAAAUAAAACACUGCCAUUCCUUACUUUUCUGUCAAACUCCCACUCCCAAGCUUAAAACCGACCAAAAUGCAGUACAAGAAUCUCGGUCGAUCGGGUCUCAAAGUGAGUCAACUCUCAUACGGAGCAUGGGUCAGCUUCGGCAACCAGCUCGACGUCAAGGAAGCAAAGUCCAUCCUGCAAUGUUGCCGGGACCGCGGCGUCAACUUUUUCGACAAUGCUGAGGUUUACGCCAAUGGCCGCGCCGAGGAAAUUAUGGGACAGGCUAUUCGUGAACUUGGUUGGAAACGUUCGGACGUCGUCGUUUCCACUAAGAUCUUCUGGGGUGGACCGGGCCCCAACGAUAAGGGCCUCUCCAGAAAGCAUAUUGUUGAGGGAACCAAAGCUUCCUUGAAACGCCUUGAUAUGGAUUAUGUUGAUGUUAUUUACUGUCAAAGACCGGACACAUCAACGCCGAUUGAAGAAACUGUGAGGGCGAUGAAUUAUGUGAUUGAUAAGGGAUGGGCAUUCUACUGGGGCACAAGUGAGUGGUCUGCACAGCAGAUCACUGAGGCUUUGGGAAUAGCCGAGAGGUUGGAUUUGGUCGGGCCAAUUGUUGAACAACCAGAGUAUAAUUUGUUAUCCAGGCACAAGGUUGAGUCUGAGUACCUUCCCCUCUACAACUAUGGCAUGGGUCUUACUACAUGGAGUCCACUUGCUUCAGGUGUGCUUACAGGAAAAUACAACAAGGGAACUAUACCACCUGACAGUCGGUUUGCAUUGGAAAAUUACAGAAAUCUCGCAAACCGAUCACUGGUUGAUGAUGUGCUGAAGAAAGUUAAUGGACUGAAGCCAAUUGCAGAUGAACUGGGUGUGUCCUUAGCUCAACUUGCAAUUGCGUGGUGUGCAUCAAAUCCUAAUGUUUCUUCAGUUAUUACUGGUGCCACAAAGGAAUCUCAGAUUCAAGAGAACAUGAAAGCCAUUGAUGUCAUUCCAUUGUUGACCCCAGCGGUGUUGGAGAAGAUUGAGUAUGUUGUUCAAAGCAAGCCAAAACGUCCAGAUUCAUAUAGGUAGGUGCAGAAUAUUCAUGAUUUUCUUUGUGUAACAGGUGCUGUGUAGUCAUUAUUCCAGCUUAUCUGGAUGCAUGUCUGUCUUGUUUUGUUAUUGCAUGCGUCCAAUGUUUUAGUUGCUGUUUCUCUGCGUUAAAUAUUGAAGAUUCUUGGGGAUGAAUGAUUUCUUGUAGUGUUUUUGCUAAAAAGAAAAAAGAGAAAAAGAAACAUAUACUCUUAUGGUUUGAACUAA